AUGCAUCUUUACAUUUGUUUAACAGAAAAGAAAGAAAAACACUUAUGCGGUAAAUGUGGACUUAAAGAGCCGCCCCCGCCUCCGGCAACGAUUGUGUUGAUGCCUGCAGCGCCUCCAGCGCCGCCAUGCCUUCCGCCUCCAGCUAUGCUACCUCCAGCUUUGCCUCCAAUAAUAAUGGCACCUCCGCCGGCACCUUGUAUGCCACCAGCACCUAUAUUCCUACCUCCAGCGCCGGCACCGUUGUGUCUUCCGCCCCAACCAGCGCCUAUAAUGCUGCCUGCUCCCGCUCCCUCACCUAUAUGUAUGUCAAUGCCACCUCCUCCGCCAAUUAUGCUUCCAGCACCUGCGCCCUUAUAUCUUCCUCCCCCACCUCCUGCACCACUAAUAUUACCCGCCCCAGCGCCACCACCACUGAUGUUACCUCCCCCAGCACCUUUCUGUUUCCCACCACCACCUGCACCUGCCCCUGCUCCCAUCGUCAUCUCACUAGUUCCUCCAACCCCACCUCCACCCUCUUGCGGCUGCCCACCACCAUGCGCCUGCCCACCACCAUGCGCCUGCCCACCUCCCGGACUACCCAUGAGUGCAUUUAUGGUUCCAGCUCCUAUCCCCAUAACGCUAGAACCUGUACCAUUAGAGCUAAAACCUUCAUGUGGAUGCCACUACUAUUAA